AUGGAGGACCACCUUUCUCAUCUAUAUCAGGUUAUUCUUACUAUGAGAACUCACUGCUUGUAUGCUAAGAAAUCCAAAUGCUACUUUGCUGUUGACAAGGUAGAAUAUUUGGGCCAUUUUAUUACUAAAGAAGGAGUUUACACGGAUCCUUCAAAAAUUGCAGUAGUACAAGAUUGGGCCCUACCACAAAACUUGAAGCAAUUAAGGAGUUUCUUGGGUCUUGCAGGUUAUUAUAGAAGGUUUGUAAGUCAAUAUGGUGCUAUUGCAAAACCCUUGACUGAUAUGUUGAAAAAGGAUAAUUUUAGUUGGUCUUCUACAACAAAAGAAGCAUUUCAGGAAUUGAAGCAAAGGCUAGUAGCAUCACCAGUUUUGGCCCUACCAAAUUUUUCUAAGGAAUUUGUGGUGGAGGUGGAUGCUUCUGGCCUAGGCUUAUGA